GGGGAGAGAGAGAGAGAGAGAGAAAGAGGGAGACAGCCGGAGCGCCACGGUUAUUUCGCCCAGGCUCCGGCCGAGCCUGUGUGGUCCACGGCGCUGGGAUGUCCUUUGAUACGCUGUUGCUAAGGAAAUGGAUGGCUUCAAUGGGUCCGCGGUCCGGGCUGUGUUCUCCUGCUCGCCCCCUCACAGGCAGACUGUCUUUCUGUGUGUGACUGUGUGUGUUUACAGGGACCACUGCGAACAACGUGACGCGUCAGCGCUAGCUCUGCACCAGCCGGGCACAGUGGAGCCACCGCUGAGGUGCUGAGGUGCUGGAGAUUUGACCGGCAGCUGGUACACCACAAAAGGAAGGAGGAGGCGGCUGGGCAGUGGGGUCAAGGAGCCUGGCUGGCGCUGGGUGAAUGCAGCCUGGCGCGGAGAACGGCUGAGGCGGCGGCGGCGGCAUUUACCUGAAAAAAAGGAGCAUGGCAUCCACGGGCAUGCAGAUAUUUGGAUUUGUCCUAGCGCUGCUGGGUAUCAUGGGUGCCAUGGUGGCUACUCUGCUGCCCAACUGGAAGGUCAGCGCAGACGUGGGCUCCAACAUCAUCACGGCGAUCUCCCAGAUGCAGGGUCUGUGGAUGGACUGCACAUGGUACAGCACGGGCAUGUUCAGCUGCACACUUAAGUAUUCAGUGCUUUCACUACCUGCGUACUUGCAGACUGCCCGCACCACCAUGGUACUCUGCUGCGUACUUGCUGCCAUGGGUCUCUGCCUUGCAUCCUUGGGACUAAAAUGCACACGUUGGGGGGGUGGACGGCGCUCCAAGCGGCACGCUGCGAUUGCCAGUGGUGCCUGUUUUGUUGCUUCGGGCUUUCUGUGUCUGGUGCCUGCUUCCUGGUUUACCAACGAGGUUAUCACCAACUUCCUGGACUCAAGUGUGCCCGAGAGCAAUAAGUUUGAGCCUGGGGGAGCAGUGUAUGUGGCCUUUGUUUCAGCAGGAUUCCUCUUUGUUGGGGGGUCCAUCUUCUGUAUGUCCUGCUCGGGGAAGAGGCAUGGCCCCCAGGAUCUGGUCCUGCUCCCUCCCCCUGACAAAUUGCUGCUCCAGCAGCAGCAACAGCAACAGCUGCUUCAGCAGCAGCAGGAGCUCCAGCAUCAGUACUGCUCUCUCUCCCCAUUAGACAAUAAGACUGGCUACAGCCUGCAGGACUACGUGUAAUAAAACAGUGCUGUGUAUGCUACGGCUAAAAGGAGACGAGCCUGAGGGGAAACCAUCACGGCUUAUGCUCCACUCCAGGCUCUUCUCCAGAUGGAGGAGGAGAAAGAAAUGAAAAAGGAGGGCAACAACUUUGAAUUCAUUUCCCUCUUCCUUGCUCUUCUACCUUUUUCUGUUUUGCAAGCACAAACAGUGGAGGUAUUCCCUGAGCAGCGCCUUGGAACAAACAAUGUGAAUGUGCAAGGAGCCAGGAUAAGGUGCUGCCGCAUCCAAGGGAGCCGCUAACCAAAUGCAGACAUCCUUCAUCAGUAAAUCACAGAAAGAGUUCCCUCGGGGGAAUGGAUUAAGCAAAUAAGGAAGGCUUCCGUGUAGAUUUUUUUCCCCCCACCUCGCCAAAGGUUUGAAUUGAAAGGAGGAAAAAAAGCAAUCAUUUAGCUGCUAUUUACAAUCGUUUGGAACACUUCCCAAUUGACAAAAUAGGCAAUAUAUCGCCUGAGUGCAGUAGGUGGAAACCUUUUCAUAGCAAGCCAUUGUAGAUUUUCUUAUACGUAUCCACUAGAAUGCUAUGUGGAAAUGAAAUAAAUGGUCAUAUUUUUAGCUACUAGAAUGAUGUUGAUAUUUUGCCUCUAAAGCAUGCUGUGUGGAGCCUGUCUGUGUAUUUAAUACAGCGGAAUGCCUGGUAGAGGACUGAGACAUAGCCACAAAAUGCCUGUGCCUGAAAAGCUGUAGUAACAUUACCCUGCUGUAACUGUUCAAAGAGGUCUGUCAGGAGGAGGAGAUGUGGGCUACUUGGCUGGAUUUGAGACAGAGAAAGCAGACAAACAGUUGCCUGCCUCUCUGUCUCUCUGCAGGUGGGAAUAAGCAAUGAGAUGGAGAGUAACAAAUAGAAAGGAAUUCAAUCCUUCAACAGAGUUGACUCUCUGAUAUGCUGCUUUCAUACUUACAUUGCAAAAAGAAAAAUGUGCAUGUAAGAAGCAGCUCCCCAUCCUUAUCCUUCAACCGAUUCCUGCACGCCCUCAGACAUUUUCUCAUGCUCUUGUGUGUUUUAGUACACACAGUAAACACUCAGUCAUGCCAGCGUUUUGCAUGUGCUUUUCACUCCUGUCAUCCUCCUCCACACUGCCAUGGAAACAGAAUUCAGCAUUCAAAUGGCUUUAUUGUCUGGGGGUAUGUGUUUGUCAGUUUGCGGAUGUGGAGUUGUUUAAGGGGGGGAGCUUCUUCUUUUUUUUUCUCCAGCCAUGGCUCCAUAAGCUUAAAUCAGAACCUCUCUGCACACACUACUUCCUCUAAUCCCCCUUUAUUAGCCUCUGACAUGAUCCUGCAUCCCUGUUGCGGUGUCAGAGGUUGUGGGAGACACUCUUCUUUGCUGCCCACUGCUACGGUGUCUACACCAUGCAAGUAGGCUCACAGGGAUGAGCAGAUGUUUAAUGGUGCAGUGGCAGAGAGGCAAAAAAACGAAGCAGAAAAGGAGAAGCUUCUCGAGUUAUGGUCCAUUGGGUAGCUGGGUGGCAGGCGGCUAAAAAAGGCUUGAGUCAUUCUCCAUAUGUGACUUGUAUUCCAAGUGCGUCAGCAGUGCGCAUAUGCUACCAGUCUGCACCUGCAAAACGUCUCAGCUUCCCAGACUGCAACCCCUUUGCUAUGUAACCAUUCGUCUUUUACCUUCAUGCCAUUCUCUUCCCUAUUCCCACACACCUUCUGUCCUUGUGUCACAUGGAUGUGAUCAUGAGAAAGCUGAUGUAUGGUGAAAGCAUGGUCGCCCUACACACAUGCACGCAUAAACAAAAUCCCACCUACUCAUGUGUCGUAGCGCUGUUUCACUUUCACACAGCCAUGCAGAGGAGCAUGUCUGCUCUUUAGUGGAAGGACGUUGGAGGGAAAACAUUUUUUUUGUGCUUGAAACAGGCAUUGGCAGUGAUGUAUAGAACUGCACGUUCUCUCCUUCUCGCUCAGAAACAUGCAGCUUCCUGGGGGGAGAGCAGAUGGCUAGGCCCAGCUCGCCACCUGCAGGCUGCUGCUGGCACGCCACGGGCAUCUCUGUGGGCAUCACUGCCGGCCCUGGCAGCCCCUAGGGCCGGGUUUCCACCCCACCCUGACUUAGCCAUCUUGACCAGCACAGACAGAACUGGCCUCCUGACAAUAACUCACUGCCCAGGCACCAUAACCAAUGCAAUAAACUAAGUAAAGAAUGUGCCAUGUCAUCAACUAAUACUGACACGAUAUGUGUUUGAGAAUGUGCCAAAUGUCUCAUGAUGACACGUUUUAAUAUUAAGUGGAGUUCUUUCUGUUUAUUUUUUUAUUGCGUUGUUUGUACAUGAAUUAUACAUUAGCAAAUGUUUUAUGGAUUUGUGAUUUGUUCUGCCAGACUAAGUCUCAAGUCAACUAGAUGCUUGUGUACAGACCAGUGCAGCUUUCGAGGGUUAUUUUAGAUCCUCUUUAUUUCUCAUUUCCCCAAAGCACAGCAAGACUUCACUGGGCACGAGAGUUUCAAUGGAAAGAUACAAGUGUGGUAUUUUCUAAAUGAAAAAAAAGUAUUUGUUUCAGGAAUUCUGGUUUACUGUAAGUCUGUGAAAUCUGUACACAAGUAUCUGGCCUUUUAAUGUGUUUGUUUUUACUGAGGGAUCAGGAUUCCCUCUGAUUGUUUCAAUAUAAAAUACAGUAUCAUGUUCAUAUCAUAUCUUCUUUAUAAGAAGACUACGCAAUGCACCUUUACUUGUGUUACUUUGACAGCAGUUUGUUUCAAAUGGCUGAGCAUUCCAGGUUUCCUGGACCAGUACAAAUAAAUAACACUACUGGCACUCUGGAAAAAAAGGGAACAAUUUCUGUCUGAUAGGAUUCAGGUGGGAAGUAGAACCUAGAAGUUUCUCUUUUUUUGUGGCUGUGCGUCUUGAUCAUCAGCACGCGAUUUCAUUAGCUUAUAAAUGGCCAGAGUGCAAAAGUGACUAGGUCCUAAAAGUCUAAAGAGUUACAACUCUACUGCAUAUCCUGUAUCGAGACAGUGAUUUAUCAUUUUGAUAAUAGCAGCUUAUUUUUGUGGAUGCUUUAGCACUUCUUACUUUGCCAGAGCAAAUUUGUGAUGAUGAACAGUUCACAAGUUCUGAUACAGUUGUCUCAAUGUGCUUGUGCAAGUAGUUCUAUUUUUUACCAAUAAAACUAUUUUGUGAAAGCAA